AUGGAUACCCAUAUUAGGUGGAAAGUUAAACGGCGGAUAAGGGACGCUCAACUGACCUUAGCAGUGAUUUUGCUUUUUGUCACAUCGCAAGCAUAUUCAGUGGAACCAGUAGACCUCUUGAAGAUUUUAGACUUUCACAAUUUACCGGAAGGAGUUACGAAAACAACAGGAUUUUGCUCACAUCGGCGCUCAACACAAGGACCUGAUGUUGGCUACCGAGUGUCUAAGGAUGCCCAGCUCUCUGCCCCCACCAAACAGCUAUAUCCAGGAGAUGCUUUCCCAGAAGACUUUUCCAUCUUGGCCACAGUGAAGGCAAAGAAGGGAAGCCAGUCGUUCUUGUUGUCCGUGUACAAUGAACAGGGCAUCCAGCAGCUGGGACUGGAAGUUGGCCGCUCCCCUGUAUUCCUGUACGAGGACCAAACUGGCAAACCCAGCCCCGAGGACUACCCGCUCUUCAGGGGAGUCAACCUGGCCGACGGAAAGUGGCAUCGAGUGGCCAUCAGUGUGCACCAGCAGACCAUCACUCUCAUUUUGGACUGUAAAAAGAAGACCACACAGAAACUGCUCCGGAGCCCCAGCCCCAUUAUCGACACCAAAGGAAUUAUAGUGUUUGGAACUAGGAUACUUGACGAGGAAGUUUUCGAGGGAGACAUCCAGCAGCUAAUGAUUGUAGCAGACCACCGCGCUGCCUACGACUACUGUGAGCACUACAACCCCGAUUGUGAAGUGGCCGCCCCAGACCAGCCGCAGAACCAGGAUCCCAACACCGAAGAUUACAACACCGAGGAUGACCCCUACUACUAUGAAUACCCUUACUACGGAGACGUGGACGGGAAAGCUUCCGAGGCCACGGGUGAGGAAGAGGAGACGACGGAAGACGUAGAGAAGCUGGCAGGUGCUUCUGACAGUGUUGUGUCCAAAGUGGAGGAGGUCUUACGAGGCAGCGGCGCUGGCAGCGCCGGAAAAAUACUCACGUCCAUCUCCACCGGCACCAGCACCGGCACCGGCACCAGCAGUGGCACCGGCUCGUCAUCAUCCGGUUCUUCUAGCAGCUCCUCGGCCUCUUCAUCCUCAUCAUCCUCAUCCUCCUCCUCGUCCACCUCAACGACAGGAGACAAAGCCUACGCGGAAGAAGUCAGCCCUUACGACAGCUACGACAGCUACAACUCGUACUACGACGAACCCACGGCCGCCCCAGAGAAGGACACGACUCGGCGCGUCACCAUCACCAACAUCGGCACCGGAGGCGAUAUCGACAUGGCCAUCGGCUCCAAGGUGGAUCUGGAGGCGGGGAGCGUCGUAGGAGGCGGAGCUGGAACCAUAAUCAUCACAACCAACAAGACCACGGUUGGAGACGCCUAUGAUUACGGCGAUGGAUACGACUACAACAUCGACGGCUCUUACACGACAGGUGGAGGUGGAGGUGGCGGCUCUUCGGUUCACUUCGGCGGUGGUGGAGGCGGCAGCAGCAGCAGUAGCAGUAGCAGCAGUUCCACCAUCACUACUGGAGGUGGCGCUGCAGGCGGUGGCUCUGUCUCAGUUGGUGGAGGUUCUGUCUCCGUCGGUGGAGGUUCGGUCUCCGUCGGUGGAGGUUCUGUCUCGAUUGGUGGUGGUUCUGUCUCUGCGGGAGGGGGUUCUGCCAGUGCCGGUGCUGGGGCUGGGGCUGGUGGGUCCGUUGCCACUGGAGACGGACUGGGCCUCGACGACAAGCUGGACUACGACAUCAAGAAGUUCACAGAGGAGGACAUCACCGACUACACUGACAGUGAGCUGGACGCGUUUGGAGACUACGGGGACGAUCUGGAUUAUGGACAGAAAGAGAAAGAGCUCCCUGCUGAGACGGAUGAGUAUUAUGGCCAGAUUGAUGGUUCUCGUGGAGAAAAGGGACAGAAGGGUGAGCCUGCUGUCAUCGAGCCAGGAAUGCUGGUAGAAGGUCCACCGGGGCCUGAGGGGCCAACAGGUCUCCCUGGACCCCCGGGUUCUCCAGGUGGUCCAGGCAGCCCUGGAGAUCCCGGAGAGAGGGGGGCUCCAGGUCGGUCUGGUCUUGCUGGUGCUGAUGGUUUACCAGGACCUCCAGGAACUGUCCUAAUGUUGCCUUUCAGGUUCAGUUCUGGAGGUGACUCUGGGCAAAAGGGACCAGCGAUGUCGGCUCAGGAGGCUCAGAUGCAGGCCAUCAUGCAGCAGGCCAGGCUGGCGAUGCGAGGCCCAACUGGUCCGAUGGGUUUAACGGGUCGUUCCGGUCCACUUGGACCUCCCGGUGUCCCAGGUCUGAAGGGUGAAUCAGGAGAAGCCGGGCCACAGGGACCGAGAGGACCCCUGGGCUCCGCGGGACCUCCUGGAAAACCCGGCAGAAGGGGCCGAUCUGGAGCUGAUGGAGCGAGAGGCAUGCCAGGCCAGUCUGGACCAAAGGGAGACAGAGGCUUUGACGGCCUGGCUGGGCUUCCAGGUGAAAAGGGACAUAGAGGGGAAUCUGGACCUUCGGGGCCCCCGGGAUCACCAGGCGAGGAUGGAGAAAGAGGCGAUGAUGGAGAGAUCGGACCCCGGGGACUUCCUGGUGAACCUGGACCUCGUGGUUUGUUGGGACCAAAGGGACCUCAAGGACCUUCUGGACCUCCCGGCGUGACUGGAUCAGACGGACCACCGGGACCAAAAGGAAACAUCGGUCCUCAGGGAGAGCCAGGACCCCCCGGACAGCAAGGGAACCCCGGUGCUCAGGGACUCGCAGGACCACAGGGAGCCAUUGGACCCCCAGGGGAGAAGGGUCCCACAGGAAAACCAGGUCUACCAGGAAUGCCAGGAGCUGAUGGUCCUCCCGGUCACCCCGGGAAGGAAGGCCCCCCUGGAGAAAAAGGACAUUUGGGUCCCUCUGGUCCUCAGGGUCCGAUCGGUUACCCUGGACCUCGCGGAGUCAAGGGAGCCGAUGGUGUGCGUGGCCUUAAAGGAGGCAAGGGCGAGAAAGGAGAAGACGGCUUCCCAGGGUUUAAAGGAGACAUGGGCAUCAAGGGCGACAGGGGUGAACUUGGACCAGCUGGACCCAGAGGCGAGGACGGCCCUGAAGGUCCAAAGGGCCGCUCAGGUCUUCCAGGAGACCCAGGCCCUCUUGGAGGUACUGGUGAUAAGGGUAAACUUGGUGUUCCGGGGUUGCCUGGAUAUCCAGGAAGACAAGGACCAAAGGGAUCUCAAGGAUUCCAAGGAUUCCCUGGAGCCAAUGGAGAGAAAGGAACUCGAGGAACAGGAGGAAAACCUGGCCCACGCGGACAGAGAGGGCCAACGGGACCUCGCGGAGAGAGAGGGCCCAGAGGACCAACAGGAAAAGCCGGACCAAAGGGUAACUCUGGAAAUGAUGGUCCACCAGGACCUCCUGGUGAACGGGGUUUGCCAGGACCUCAAGGACCAACUGGAUUUCCUGGUCCAAAAGGGCCGCCGGGACCUGCAGGCAAAGAUGGACUUCCUGGACAUCCUGGGCAAAGAGGAGAGACUGGGUUCCAAGGAAAGACGGGCCCUCCUGGUCCACCAGGUGUGGUUGGGCCUCAGGGACCAACUGGUGAGACUGGACAAAUGGGUGACCGUGGUCAUCCUGGACCUCCAGGCCCUCCUGGUGAACAGGGUCUAAAUGGAGCUGCUGGAAAAGAAGGCGCAAAGGGUGAUCCUGGUCCUGCUGGCCCUGCUGGUAAAGAUGGACCACCUGGACCAAGAGGUUUCCCUGGAGAGAGAGGCCUGCCUGGUCCGGUGGGAGCUCAUGGACUGAAAGGAAAUGAAGGUCCCCACGGCCCACCUGGUCCUGCAGUGAGUACAGCCUGCAGAUGGGUUCUCCUGGUGAACGUGGUCCAGCUGGCCCUGCCGGACCUACUGGACUUCCCGGACGUCCUGGACCUCAGGGUCCACCAGGCCCAUCUGGAGAAAAGGGUGGACCGGGUGAAAAAGGACCUCAAGGCCCAGCUGGAAGAGAUGGCAUUCAGGGACCAGUUGGUCUUCCUGGACCCGGAGGUCCCCCUGGACCACCUGGGGAGGAUGGAGACAAGGGAGAGCUUGGAGAACCUGGUCAAAAAGGAGGCAAAGGUGACAAAGGAGAACAUGGUCCCCCAGGUCCAACAGGCCCACAGGGCCCUGUCGGAGCACCCGGUCCUGCCGGCGCAGACGGAGAGCCAGGUCCCAGAGGACAACAGGGUCUGUUUGGUCAGAAGGGAGAUGAGGGCACAAGGGGUUUCCCUGGACCUCCGGGCCCAGUUGGACUGCAGGGUUUGCCGGGUCCACCUGGUGAGAAGGGUGAAACUGGAGAUUCUGGAAAACAGGGUCCACCUGGGCCUCCAGGACCCAGAGGACCGUCUGGUCCUCCUGGAGCUGAUGGUCCUCAAGGACCUCCUGGUGGUAUUGGAAAUCCUGGUGCCGUCGGAGAGAAGGGAGAUUCUGGUGAAGCCGGAGAGCCUGGACUACAAGGAGAACUUGGUCCUCCUGGACCAAGAGGAGAACGAGGAGAGAAGGGUGAGGCAGGCCCGGCAGGAACAGGUGGGCCUCCUGGCCCUAAAGGUCCCCCUGGAGAUGAUGGUCCCAAAGGAAGUCCAGGUCCAAGUGGUUUUCCUGGUGACCCUGGUCCUCCUGGAGAGCCUGGUUCUGCCGGUUUAG